AGUGGCAACGUGGCCACACCUCUAACAUCCAACUAACUACAAUUGUUAACGUUACCCUACGAUUCCUCACUCCCUAUUGUACGUUGUACACCUUACGAUCUUCACACAAGAUUAAGAUGCCGCGCCAUUACGUACCGAAAACGACGCGUGGAAGAUGGUCCAAAGAAGCCAUGGCAGAAGCAGUGAAGAGCGUCAAAGAAGGCAAACUUUCGCUGAGGAGAUCGGCGGAAUUGUACAAUGUGCCAAUUUCUAGUUUGCAAAGGAGAACGUCGGCUCCCGAAGGGAUGGAGAUAGGCAGCACGGGGAGGAAAACCGUUUUGCCUCCCGACGUAGAAGCGGCUCUGACGGAACGAUUGGUUCAUUUGUCCAAACGUGGUUUCCGCCUGACGCCGAAGAUGAUCCGACAAUACACUUAUAAAUUUGUGGUCGAUCAUAAUUUUAGGCAUAGCUUCAACGAGAAAAAGCAAAUGGCGGGAGAGGAUUGGUUUCAGCUCUUCGUCAAGAGAAAACCUCGGAUAUCAGACAGAUUAUCUAACGAUAGAGCAUCGUGCGGUAAAAUGAAAACCAGAGCUCAGCAGUUCUAUAACGAUUUGAAGAGUCUGGUGGAGGAAUUCGACUUGAGGGAUCGUCCCGAGUGCAUCUACAACCAAGACGAAAUUAUCCUACCACUUAACUAUAAACAAAAGGGUAAGAAAGAAGUAGAGAGUGGAGAAAAGGCCACGAUCAUCGGCUGCGUAAACGCUCUAGGAUCUUACAUUCCUCCGUUUAUAGUCUUCAAAGGGGUCAGGAAACGGCUCGAAUUUUCCAACAAUCUUCCCUCUGGAUCGGAAGUGCGCCUGACCAAACGUGGAUGGAUCAACGAAGAGGUAUUCCUCGAAUGGAUAGAGCAUUUUAACAAGUACAGGACACCCGGAAAGGUGGUCCUCAUUCUGGACGGACAGCAGUGUUUAUCCACUCUCAUGUGCGUGGAGAUGUGCGAGAAAAACGACAUCGAACUAUUGUUCUUGCCUCUAUACACCUCUCGAGCGCUUCAACCCAUCGAAGUGUCUUUCUUAAACCCCUUUAAAAGUAAUUAUAACCAUUUUGCAGCGCGUUGGCUAAAUUGCCAUCGCGACAAAACCAUUUCUAAGUUGACCUUCGGUGGUAUAUUCGAACAAGCUUGGAACGAAUCCGCAACUUUAGAAAAUGCAGUCAAAGGAUUCGAAGCAACGGGCAUCUAUCCCUAUAACCCCGAAGCAUUUUCGUCUCUAGCCUUUAUCCUCCCGGAACCGGUGCCACUUCAAUUAUCCACUUUCUCUACGGAUGCCCUAGUUAUGCCCUCUACUAGCACGGAGUACAUAUUACCCUGUCCACUUGAGGAAACUAACCACAAUUCGGAUGCAGCAGACACGCGGGAGGAACCAUCUGUAGACUCUUUGAGUCCUAUUGCAGAAAAGAAGUAUCUUGCAGAAGUUCUAAGUAGGAAAAGAACUGGAUCCAAAGUGGAUCCGUGGAGAAAAGGCGUAUCGAAAUCAAGAAGGGGAAGAGAAACACAAGAGAAAGCGUGCCACAGUGUGUGUUUGGACAGUAGAUGCUCCGAGGUGGAGAACUGUUUGCAGUGCCACGUUUGUCUAGAAUGGUAUCACGAGUGUUCCGAGUAUUGAAAGAAUUCCAUUCGGAUUAUUGUAAUAAAAUGAAUUUUUAAAAUAAAGUAUUUUUAAGUGGACUAAUGACAAAAUAGCACUCUUG